UCGAUAUAUAUCGUUACUGAGGCGCAAUGUCGCGUUGUUAUAGAGCGCAUUGUAAACGAUUCAGAAGGCCGUGACAAGCUGCAGCGUUCUCUUCGUUUCCUGUUUGCGUGGAAUAUGGUUGUUCGUUGUAGCCUUGCGCGUUCGUUGAUGGUCUUUGUUUAGACGUGAAUAUUCUUUGCAAAAGAGUGCUACAUUUGAUCGUAUAAAUGUUAACAUACUUGUGAUGCAUUACAAUAAUACGUAACAUUAUGCUUUACCCAUUGUGUACUGACUACACAUUUGUGUUUUUGACUGAGUGAAACCCCAUUUUUCAAAAUCUUCUUGGAAACGUUCAUUUAAAGGCUAAAGCAGCUCAGUGAGAGCGAGUAAAAUAUGAACUAAUCUGAAAUGGUCCACAACGUGGUCAUAAAUGUCGAGCCUACUUGGGUGUGGGCCAAUAAUAAUGAACAGGCAUUGAUAGGUUAUCAUUAGGUAUGGAUACUAACCCUCAUUUUCCAUACCUUCGUGCUGUUGAUUGGUUGCAGCAAAACCAAGAAGCUAAAGAUCCUCAGUCAGUUAAAUUGCAACAUGUAUUGGUUAUGGUACCAGUUGAGCAGUCUGAUGAGUCUUCACCCAGUGUGCUGAAGGUAAUUCAAGAGACUACUGAGGAGGUUCAACAAGAUGGGGAACAGCAAUGGUUAAUUCCAGAUAAUGGACAUUGGCAAUUGCAAGAAGCACAAGGAGAACAGAAAGAUGAAGCUCAGUGGCAGUUGCAAAUUGAACAACCACAGUGGGAGCAGGGCUCGCAACAGUGGGUGCAGCAAGAACAAAAUUCUUCUGAGACAUGGUACUUAGAACAACAAGAAUUGGUUCAGACCAAUAAGCUUACAGUGGAUCAAGCUAACUCUGAACUGUUAAUAGUGACUGGUCAGGCAGAACCUCAAGCUGAUGGUGAAGUAUUGCUGACUACUGGGGAACCUCCAAAGGAAGUAGUUUUUUCGGUACAAAACUUGCAAGAGUCCCAGGUGCUUGCACAAGAGCCGAGCCCCUCGUCUUCAUCGGCCACUGAGCACUCGAAUAAGUCAUGUGAAUGUAACAAAUGCCGAAAACCUCCUGGACCUUUCUAUCAGCACAUGUUCAACUGUGAUGUUUGCGGGAAACCAUUUUCACAAAAGAAGUGGUUGACUCUCCACAGAAAGACACACAAAAAGAAAGUGUAUCGUUGCACCAUUUGCAGUAAACGUUUCUCGUGUAGGAGUGAGUGUAACGUUCAUGUAAGAUUGCAUCGAGGAAAGAAACCUCAUGAAUGUUAUGUAUGUGGCAAAUGGUUUAGUCUCGGGAAUCAGCUGGCUGACCAUAUGAAACAGCACGGGGGUGGAAAAACUUUCCAAUGUAAUGUGUGCUCUAAUUCUUUCUCUAGUUUAAGUGAGUUGAAUGAUCACUUUAAGGAUCACACAAACGAAGCCCCUUGUAAAUGCCACAAGUGUGGAAAGAUAUUUGAUUGUAAGAAAACUUUUGCUCUUCACUUGAUAACCCACAAUAAGGAAGAAACAUCUUAUGAAUGUGUACUCUGUGGAAAUCUCUUUCCGCAGGCUAGCUCUUUAGCUCACCAUUUGAGAACACAUUCUGAAUGUUACGUCUGUGGUCAGGUUUUCAGUUUCAGUAGUGAUUUAAUUGAGCAUUUAAAAGAACAUGUAGAUGUUGAUAUAAGUGCUCCUUUGACUUAAAUAUGCUCCUUAUUUGGUGUAAACAAGAGUGCACGAGUAGUAACAUUCAGGUAAACAGUAUUGUACAUAAUGUACAUAAGUGAACAUACGAUAGCAGUUUUGGUUGCCUUGUACAGUGGUGCUAGUUUCCCUACAGCUAGCUUUGCCAAUUUUGAGCUGAAACCUAUCAUUGAUUGCUUUUGAGAGAGCAAUAGAUUAAUUUGACACCACUUGAUCUUUAAGAAUAUUGUUUUCAUCUCAGAUUUGUGGUUAUUUUGGUGUUGCUGUAUUUUUUGUAUGCAUUAGUGAUAAUAAAUUAUGAAUUUAUGAAAUUAUCUUCAGUUUUUUUUUCAAUCAGAUAGAAACUAAAUACUAUUAAUGUAUCUGUUCAUUAUAUUUUAAAACUUAAAACGAAUAAACAUCAAGAGGAUUAAUGAUAAUAAAUGGUUCAAAAUAUUUGAAGUAAAAUGGUAUGUGAAAGUUACUUUCUAUUCAAAGAUAGACUUUUCCAGUUUUACUAUAAUUGUUAUCUUUUCUUCCCACAACUUGCCUUUCAGAGGAGCUUCAAUUGAAAUGAAAGUUUUGUUAAUUUGGUUGUACACAUUUGAUUGUUGCAUCAUUUUGUUGUGGAAUUUGUGAAUUUUUGUUUCCUACAUUGUUUCAUUAUUCAAAUGUUUUUUCACCUUGAUGUCAAAGUGGAAGCAAAAAAUUACAAUUUAAGAUGAAAAUAUAGCUUAAGAGAGAAAUUUAAAAUAUCUGUAAUGCAAUUCUUGUCAUUGAAAUAUUAUUGUAUAUUUUGUUAUUGUUUCACAAAAGUUGUUGAAUUUUUUGUAUGUGCAAUUCAUGGACAUUCAUUUUCAAUUUAAAAAAUUGAAAAGGAAAAUUAGUAACUGUUGAAAUACACCAUCUGAUUGGUUUAAACCUUCUUCUUAGAAAAAUUAUUUAUAGUUGAAAUGAGUUUGACACCCCUCAUCUUACCUACUUCACUCUCCAUCUGUAAGAUCCUGAGCAUUUACAUAGCUUGUUUAUGCACAAUUUGGUAAUGCAAGAAAUUGUUGGUCGUAUAUUAAUUUUGCAAUUGUAAGUUCCUCUAUUUGCGACUUGUAUCAGAAGCACUGUGAUUUAUUGAACAUUGUUUUGAAUCUCUCACGAUCAUUGUGAAAUGCUUUUCUGUUAAAAAUUAAAGGUGUUUAGUUUCAAACCAGGUUAAGCUGAUGUUCCGUUCUUGGCUUAUGAUAUUCAUUAGACCCCCUCGAAUAUGAAUAAUUUAUUUGUCUGCAUAAAUGACACAAUGUAGGAGAACGCUAAGUACAAGGGUGUGUAGAGACCACUGGCCCAUUAAAUUGCUUGGGAUGUUUGGUGCGAAUUAUUACUGAGCCAAUUGUGAAAGAGACACUAGUUCACUGGUAGGCAAUCUAAUUCUUCGCUGUUAUGUUAACUCUUCAGUUAUGUUAACUUUUAAGUUUGACGUUUUUGUGUUGCUUUUAUUGUAAUAAUUAUUGUUCUGUAGUAAAUGAAUGACGAGGAAGAAACAUUUGAACAUAUUUAAUUCAAUUCAAUUUAGAACACUUUUUAAUGCGAAAUAUGCUUAAAAAAUAGUAGAUUUAUUUUAUUUAUAAUUUCUAAGUCUAUCCGAACUAUAUAUCC